UUUUUUAUUCCUUGUCUCAAAGACACUCUUACGUAUAAUAUAAAAUGGGUCACUCUUCACAAGAUCAUUCUAGAGAUCCCUGCCCUUGGGUUAUUCUUAACGAUUUAGGUGGUGCAUUUGUUAUGGGUGCAGUUGGUGGUGGUAUUUGGCACUCUGUCAAGGGAGCCAAAAACUCUCCCAGAGGUGAGCGUUUGACUGGUGCUGUUUCCGCCAUGAAAGCUCGUGCCCCCGUUUUGGGUGGUAACUUUGCAGUUUGGGGUGGUCUCUUCUCAACAUUUGAUUGUGGUUUGAAGGGCAUCAGACAAAAGGAAGAUCCCUGGAAUUCUAUUAUUUCUGGUGGUUUGACUGGUGGUGUGUUGGCUGCUCGUGGUGGUGUCAAGGCUGCAGCAGUUUCUGCCGUAGUCGGUAGUGCUCUUUUAGCAUUGAUUGAAGGUGUUGGUAUUGGUAUUUCUAGAAUGACUGCUGAUCAAGUCAAGCCUGUGAUGCCUCAGAUUUAAGCACCAUCAUUAUCUUAAAAAAAGAUCAAAUAGAUUUAUCUACCCUUUACUCUUGUGUAUAUAUUAUACGUUUCUCCCAUCUCCUUUUAUUCUCUUUUCCACUAUUAUACGUUUCAAUCAGUGGUUAUUGUUUUUUUUUUGUCCAGUCGAGAUA